UCAGCUGUUGACUGAAUGAAGCUCCCUUCACCGCGACCUCUUUUGAGGGGGGCGCUGUGCUGCUUGUAGACUCGUACACUCUCCGAGUCUCCUGCCCUUGUUAAAGUUGUUAUGCGCCCAUGCUUUUCGUCGACCCGUCGGUAACGGAACAUAUGCUGCCAUGAGUGCUUUGUGUCGCCUGAUCCAGAGAGGACUGCGGAGCUCCUGUCGUUCAGUUCCCGGACUUAAGGAUGCGUGUGGGGGGGCUCCCAUCGUCCGAGCAGCCAGUUCAUCCAGCCCAGUCAACCUGACCUACGAUGUCUUUGAUGGGAAAGGAGAGAGCACUCCCCUGGUGUUUCUCCAUGGCCUGUUUGGCAGCAAAUCUAACUUCCAUUCAAUUGCGAAGUCUUUGGUGCAGCGCACAGGCCGAAAGGUGCUGACUGUAGAUGCCCGUAACCAUGGCAACAGCCCACACAGCCCAGAGCUCACCUAUGAGGCGAUGGCCGAUGACUUGAAACACCUCCUUGCCCAGCUGCGCAUCGAGAAAUGUGUCCUCAUCGGCCACAGCAUGGGCGGGAAAACAGCGAUGACGACCGCCCUGUCACAGCCUGGUUUAGUGGAGAGUUUAGUGGUGGUUGACAUUAGUCCAGCCCAGACCACCUCACGCACCAACUUCCGCUAUUACAUCCAGGCCAUGCAGGAGGUGAACAUCUCCAGUGACAUCCCACGUUCCACUGCCAGGCGGAUGGCUGAAGAUCAGCUCCGCAGUUUGGUCAAGGAGCGCUCAGUGCGUCAGUUUCUGCUCACUAACCUGGUAGAGCAGAAUGGGCAUUAUGCCUGGAGGGUCAACUUGGAGGCCAUCUCGGCACACCUUGAUAACAUCAUGAGCUUCCCUAGCUUUGACAGCGCCUUUGAAGGACCUACACUGUUUUUAGGUGGAGCAAGCUCUGCUUAUAUAAGCUCUGAAGACUACCCUGAAAUCCAGAGGCUCUUCCCCAGGGCUGACAUCCAGUACAUCCCAGACGCGAGCCACUGGAUCCACGCAGAUAAACCCUUAGAUUUCAUCAGCUCCAUCAUCUCCUUCCUUCAGUCCUAGCUGAGUCUUGCCAAACGUUGCAAAACUUUUUUUCUGUGCUCAGCACCUCUCAGCAUCCUCUCACUGAAAAUGAAAGGGACAAUUAAGCAGCUUCAGCAACAACGAGUGGAGUCAUUAAUAGCUGCCAACACCGGACCAAACUCGCCCUUUUACAGCAGUCAGUAUAUCCCUUCAAGUUUGUGUAGCGUUAAGAAGGUGAACUUUUCAUUGUUUUGCAGUACCUGCUAGGCAGGUUUUACAAUUAGAAUGGCUAGUUUCUAGAUUUUUUUUUAUUAUUAUAAUUGUUUCUGUUUGUAGAAAAUAGCACUGGAAAUAUCUUCAGUAAUGGGUGGUUUGCAGGUUACAUAUGUUACUAAUCCAAAGAAACUCUCAUUUGCCCAGUGCUUUCUCUAAACAUUUAUGCUAGCAUAAUAGAAAUAGUAAAAUGUGGGGUUGCUGGAGUGGACCAGCAGAAAGUUGGAUGUUUAAGUUUUGACAACGCUGGAAUGAAAUAAGUACUGUAUUUCUGAAAAUCAAUUGCUGGAGAGGAAGGAGGAAGCACAAAACAAAAAACGAGUUCUUGCUAAAGGGAGUUUGGUACAGUGUAUUAGGUCCUCUGUAUAGAGGCUUUAUGUGUACAGAUGGUUGGCUUUAGAAACUUACUUCAAUGUUGACAAACUUGAUUGAUUGAAUAUUUUGGUCUGGAACCUGGCUCCUCACAUCCCCUCCUCUGUGUAUCUACUGUAUUUUAGAGUUGAGGAUUUUCAGGUCAGUUACUUUGUCCCAACUCGAGGCCAUCAAGAGUGCUGGUUUGUACUUAUGUACCAACAUAAUCAUCAAUGAAAUCCCAGCUUAAACACUCAAAUGCAGUAUUCGCAAUCUGUUCCCUGAAUAUCUCAGGUUACACUUGGAUAUGCUAAGUAUUAUUCGUGUACUAUUAUCUUGUCUGUCUGGCAACAAGCCGUGGUAAUGCUGUCGUGUGUAAAUGAUCAGUGUUUUGAUCAAACCUGUUUUACGAUUUAUUAUCUGUACCUAACGUGUAUUUAGAACUAAGGCGCUAUAUGGGUAUGACAAAUAUAUGCUGCAAAACAUUUAGUUGUUUACUUAUCGUGACUGUGUUAAUAUCAUUUCUGUUCCCAUGAGUUUUAUAAAGUACAGUCCAGUAGUGAAACUGCCAUCUGUAUGAAUAAGCAGGGUGUUGUGAAUUUGAUGUGCCUCUUUUGUCGAGAGCUCCUUUUCCAUUUCUGUAAAACUUGAAAAAAAAGAUUUUACUCCCCAACUUCAACAAGCAGACUGUAGAUUGGCAGCUGGGUUGCCAGUUCUGUGUGAGUUUUCUGAAAAGAAAGCCUAACCAAUGAGGGUGUAUCCCGUCAUGGCGCUAGGUAAUUACUACAAGCAGUGUUUUAUGUUUGCUAUUUUUCUUCCGCUCAUCCGAGGUCGGGUUUUGUUGGCAACAGGUGAAGUGAGUCAACCCAGACUUCCCUCUCCCUAGCAAUGUUUUUGAACUCCUCCUGGGGGAUUGCGAGGUGUUCUCAGGCCAGAUAGGGGAUGUUUGUUCAUGUGAAUACAUAAGUCUUAAAAGCUUUGAAUUAUGUUAGGUAAAAAAUCUCUUUAUUUUAUUUUUUUUAAUAUUAGCUCCAGUUGGUGCAGAAGCGCCAUCUUAACCUUCUCAACCUCAGGACAGAUUUGUCUUGUUUCAAAACAUGAAUCAGAGGAUUAUUUACUAAUGACGUUUGAAUGCAGGCCCGGCUUCAGAGUCUUUAGUGCUGCAGUGGGCAACAUAUUUAAAAAAACAAAUGACAAUAAUAUUGAAAAAGAGAAUUUAUUCCCAUUAAAAGCUUUUUGAUGACUGUAAUCACCCGUUCAGGAUUGUAAAAUGUCAAUAUGAGCAUGCCUUCUCUCGUCAUCAGAUGUAAAUCUGCAGUGCUAUGUAUGUCUCAGCUUGUUGAACACACAAUGAUGGAACUCAUUCUAGAUCAUGUCGUAUAUAAAUUGUAAUGUGUUCAAGAUGAAUAUAAGAGUGGAUUAUAUAUUAUUGAAAGUGUACAAACUAAUAUUAUACAAUAAAAAUGCAAAAACC